AUGAUAGGUUUGAGAGAACAAAUACUUGGCGAGUGGGAAUUUGUCUAUACAACUGAAGAAAAGUCAGUAGACAUCUUCAAAAUUGACACAGUCUGUACCCAUUAAACUCCAAACUCUAUUCAAAUAGUCAAACCUGACUCGCAGUUUCAAUUCUCUGAAGGCACAUACUCUAAAUUUUAGGCCGAGCUAUCAGAUAGUGGGAAAACAUCGAUUUAAAUUGGUGGCAAAAGUAUUAAUGCUCAUUGGUCGAUGCUCUACGAUUAGGGUCUAAUUUUAGAUUCUGAAGAGUAUAGAUUCUUUGCAAACUACAAGUACACCAUCUAAUCAGAUGUAAAAUAUGAAUUUGAAGUUGCAGGUUUGGAGGUAAGCUCAUAUGACUCCUUUAACUCUCAAUGCAACUCAACUAUGAUUGGACUGAUAUAAAAUAAAAAGAAUCCAGGAUUUUAUAGAUGUUUCUUUGCUAAUAAGUUAGAUCACGCUGAGAUUAAAAGCGAGGAAGAGAUUCAAGCAGAUAUCUCAGAGAAGAUUGUAUUUUUAGCUGCGUAAGUUAAAAAGUCAAAUAUUUUAGCUCAGACAAAAUAUGAAGACCUUGAUAAUAUGGUGUAAUUCGUCAAUGAAAAUGACUUUACUUGGUAAGCAGGCAUAAAUAAUAGACUUAAAGGAUAGACUUUGAGUCAGCUUAAGAUGCAUCAUGAUGGAAAUCAAAUGAAAUUUGCUCAGAAAACAUUAGUUUAAACUAAUUCAAUCUCAAAUACAAUUACAGAUAGUGACUCAGAUGCUGAAAGAUUAAUAGAAGAUGAAGAUUUUAAGGCAAUUUAAAAAGAAGCAAUAAAAUUUAUUGAUUCUUCACUUGAUAAGAUGUCAGAGAAUGAUUUGCCUGAUCAAUGGGAUUGGAGAAAUGUCAGUGAUUACGACUUUACUACGCCAGUAAAAGACCAAAAGGGAUGCGGUUCUUGUUAUGCUAUGUCUUUUACUGAGACCAUGGAGGCAAGAGUUAAAAUUAAGUAUGGGAAAAGUAUCCCACUAUCAGCACAAUUCCUCCUUGAUUGCAAUUUCUAUAAUGAAGGAUGCUCAGGGGGUUGGCCACUUCUCAAUGGAUUCUUCAGUGCUGAUUUUAGCAUUCCAAGUGAAGCUUGUGCUCCAUAUAAGGGUUAUACUGUUGGAAAUGAAUGCUCCGACCAUAGUAAUUGCUAAGAAAAAGUCAAAGUUUCUGAAGCUAAUUAUAUUGGAGGAGCUUAUGGAAUGAGCUCUGAACUUUUGAUGAUGAAAGAAAUUAGAGCAAGAGGACCCAUAGUUUCAGAUCUUAAUGUUCCUUUAACCUUUAGUUACUAUAGAAAUGGAAUUUUCUCAGAUGAUCACGAGCUCUAAUUGAAAAAAGAAGGAUUCAAGGAGUACUUAAAUGAAAAUUCUGUUGAUGAGGUAACAGACAGAACUUUAAGAGACUAUCACAUUGAGUGGUAGUAUAUUAAUCAUUCAAUAAUGAUUGUUGGAUGGGGAGAAGAAGAUGGAGUGAAGUAUUGGAUAUGCAGAAAUUCAUAUGGAGACGCGUGGGGAGAAUAAGGCCACUUCAGAAUAAGAAGAGGACUUAAUGAUUAUGGAAUAGAAAGUGCACCAUCUUAUUACAUCCCCAUAAUGCAGUGA